AAGUGGAGAUCCCUGGUUCCAGACAGACCCUGGCGGCUGGAGCGAGGGGGAGAGGAGGAGGAGGUGGUGGUAGUCGUCUCAUUUUUAUUCUCUCUCUGACGAACCGUGAGCGGACACGGUAGCCGUCCAAGGGGGGAGCCAGGUCUGUGCACACGCCAGCGCCCCCCCCGGUGCCGACAGGGAGCCGUGAAGCUGGACGUAAAGAUGAAUGUUGGAAACCGUGCAACUGGAACAAUGGUUGAUGCGGUGCAUUAUAUCCACUUGCAGAACUUCAGCAAAUCUCUGCUUGAGACCCUUAAUGCACAACGCUUGGGUGGUCAUUUCUGUGAUGUCACUGUGCACAUCCAUGAUGCAACUUUGCGGGCUCAUCGAUGUGUUUUGGCUGCAGGCAGUCCUUUCUUUCAUGACAAACUGCUCCUGGGUUACUCAGAGAUUGAAGUUCCACCAGUGGUACCCACGCAAGUUGUACAACAAUUAGUGGAGUUUAUGUACAGUGGGUCUCUGGUCGUUGCACAAUCUGAGGCUUUACAGAUUUUGACAGCAGCCAGUAUACUGCAGAUCAAGACAGUCAUUGAUGAGUGCACCCAAAUCAUUUCCCAGAGCAGGUCCAAACAAGGCCCUAUUGCUAGUGCCAUGUCCUCCUGUGGCUCACAAGGUAGAUCAUCUCUUAACAAACUCCAAGAACAAUCUACAAAGAAUACAGACUGCCAGGCAACAAUAGGACUCCGCGACUCUGGUGGUAUCACAUCAGGCCUGAGAAAUGAAAUGGCGAUCAUGCCUCAAAUGGGGAAUGUCAGUGAAACGCCCAAGUUAAUGUGUGCUUCAGAAAUUAGAUACAAAUUAAGAGACAUGCUGUCUUCGCAACAGAGGCAGCUACCUGAAGUGCGUGAGAUCACGGUCCCAGAUGUUGAGACUGUAUCAGAAGGUGAAAACUUACCAACAGCAUACUUGACUCAAACAGAGGCACCACAGAGCUGUCACAGCCGAAAACAGCGUCAGCCAGUACGCCUCCAGGUCUCUGAUUCUGUGCAUGUGAUAAUAAAAGAUGAGGAGGACGAUGAAGAAGAAGAAGAAGAUUGCAGUGGAAGAGAAGCAGGAGAGGAGGAAGAAAAAAGUAUGGCUUUCAAUGAAUGCAGUGGUGGAUUUCCCAGCUGCAGUGAAAAUGAGAAAGAAAGAAGUCCAGAUAGUAACAAAACUGCCACUGAAGGAAAUGAGAGAAAAGACUCUUCUGGGCAGAUAGUAGAAUUUAAUGCAGAGGGACCAGACUUCUUUACUAAUCAGGAUGUAUUCUCUGAAACUUUUAUACCACCUUGGCAGAACGAAGAGAAUAUUUCUGAUGGAGCCCGUGAAAGCUCAAUAGAAAACACUGGUGAAAAAUUCCGUUCGGACUGUAGUUUAGAUGGCUCAAGCCUAAGAAAUUUGGCUGCGGUGGCAAGCUCAGACUUCAAGUCGAGCCCUCCCUUUAAUUCUCGUGUUGGGGAAUCCAGGGGACUUCCUUUUGUGGCAUCGCUAAUUCCCAGAGAUAUCAAGAACUCGUCUGUAUCAGCAGCUGUUGCCACAAGCACUUCAAGUAUCUUCCAGUUUCACCUGACACAUCCUAAUCAUGUCCAGAGUGGUGUCACACAAGGUUUUUUUAGUGUUCAACAAGAAGGUGCUACCAAUGUUGUCCAGUUAAACUCAAAUAUGCUCCCUGGGACUGUACAAAAUGAAUCCUCACAGCGUCCUGGGCCAUCACGUAACCCAGAACCAUCUUACGUAUGCAGCCAUUGCCAGAAAACAUUCAGUUCUAGAAAGAACUACACCAAGCACAUGUUUAUACAUUCAGGUGAGAAGCCCCACCAGUGUAGCAUUUGUUGGCGGUCCUUUUCUUUACGAGAUUACCUACUCAAGCACAUGGUCACUCACACAGGCGUCCGUGCUUUCCAGUGCUCAAUCUGCUGCAAGAGAUUUACCCAGAAGAGCUCCUUGAACGUCCAUAUGCGCACCCACAGGCCUGAGCGCUUCCAGUGCUGCUUCUGUAAUAAGUACUUUUCACAUCGCACACUUCUGGAAAGGCAUAUUGCUACUCAUACGGCAUGAGCUACAAUGUUUCAGCCUAAGCAGUAACACUAAAUAACAUUGAGAGGUUUGCCCUAUUCUUGCUAAACUGGCAGGUUUUCAAGGGAGCAAUGAAAAGUACGAUUGAAAGUGGGCUGCCCGUAUCGCCCUAUUUCUCCAGUGUCUUAUGACUUUAAAGUGCAGUAGUAUUGAGUCUUCUAAAUACUUCAUAUCUCCAUUUUUUUUUUCUCUUACAGUGUUCGCACUUACACAGCAUGUUAAGAUUUCUAUAAGUAGUCUACUACAAUUAGGAAAAGUGGAUUUUCAUCUUUGUAAUAUAUGAGAACAUUGCCUGAUCAUUUUGUGUGAUCUGCUCUGGUUCAUUUCUAACUCAGCAUUUCAUACAAUAAGACUUUGCUAAUCCAAACGUUGAAUCAUUGUUUAUAGUAUGAGACACUUGCUUACAGAAGACUGUAGCAGUUUUUGUAUGCAGAGUAAGAACUGGGAUCCAGCUUCAAAUUCAACAAGGCCGGGGGAAUCUGCAUUCCACUGAAAACAUAUCUUCUAAGCUUUGCUUAGCAGUCUGACUUAACUGCAUCCUUUGCUUGAAAGCCACAAUUGAAAUGUGGUACAUUCGGCAGAGGAGUUUUACUGGGGGACACAAAAGAAGCGUAUAUCCAUGGUGUAAUAGACCAGUUUGUGGCACAUUCACCUACUGGUUAGUUGUUGAGCGACUAUGAAGAAGGUUUAUAAGGCUGUAGUGUUUAUGGUUGGCAUUGGCCGUCCAAAUAAUGCUCUCCUUUAGGAACAUACUACCACCCACUAACCUUUACCUUUUAUUCUUUCAAGAAUGAUAUAGUGGGCAUACUCUAUAUUAAAGAUAAUAUAAAAGUCAGUUAAUGAUUAUGACUGAUCAUGGUCAGUAUUUACCAGAUGGUUCUGUCUAAAGCUAAAAUAAAUUCUACUCAAUACUACAUUUUAAACUUUAAAAUAAUACUUCCCUCCCUAUAUACCAAAGAAUUUGCCGAAAGUAAUUUGAUUUCUUUUCGAACUGAAACAAUGUCCAGAUGGUGCCUAAAUAAUUUUGAUAGCAAAUAUGUUGCACACCAUUUGGGCGUGAAGGAGAAAUAUCCCAUCAAAUCAUCCCCUAAAACCAAAGAUGACAUUGGUGCAACAGUAUAACAUGUAGUGUUAAUUAAACUGCUGAAAUUAGCUUGUGACAUUGGCCAGAGGUACUGGCCAGUAUAAAUAAUAAAACAAAUAUCAUCACUGACAUCUGCACAUUACUAUGCUGAUCUGUACAUGAAAUUGUACCAUCAAUGAUGCAACAGAAAAUCUUAUCAACUUCGGCUACAGAGUCGACACCAGAUUUGCACAAGUGUUGGACCUCAUUUAUAAAAUGGGAUUUCACUAUGGCCUAAUUUAUAAAGUGGUAUUUCACUAUGGCAUGGUGGCUGGCCUGCUUGAUUGGUGAGAAUCUUUGCUAGCCUCUGGAAGGCUCUGAUUUGUCAGCUGGUACAAAUAUUUCGUAUAGUAGCUGAUACUAUUUGGAAAAUGAUACCAGUAAAUAACUUUUUGUAAUAUUGUGUAAUUAAUAUUACAACUUAAUUAUU